UCCAUUAUUAUUUCAUUUCACAAUUUUAUUUCAAAUUUUUUUUUUUUAAUCUAAAAUUAUCAAGAUUUCUACUUGGAAGUUCCAAGUUGUUAUCUUUUUCAUGAGGUGAACAACAACCAUCAUGUUUGCAUUUUCUAGGAAGGGAAAGAAGCUUGGAAGAGUAAAAGUUCAGCUGUCUGACUCAGCUGGCACACGAAGUCCUGUUAGACACCACAAACGAACAAAUAAUUCCCAUGGUGAUAGUGCUACAAAUGAUUCUGAUGAUAAUAAUCGUUGUUCGUCCACUGCACCAGAGCAAGAAAAUUCCAUUUCUGGGACCGGUGACGGAUGGAAAAAGCUUUCAACUACUGGCGAUAAGCCUACACCUCGGUUUAAUCAUGCUGCAGCUGUAAUUGGAAAUAAAAUGAUUAUUGUCGGUGGUGAAUCUGGAAACGGAUUAUUAGAUGAUGUACAGGUUCUUAAUUUUGAUAACUUUUCAUGGACAACAGCUUCAUCAAGAUUAUAUCUUUCACCAUCUAGUCUUCAACUCAAGAUUCCUGCAUGCAAGGGUCAUUGUUUGGUGCCUUGGGGGAAAAAGGUGCUUUUAGUUGGAGGGCGAACCGUCCCGCCAAGUGAUCGAAUAUCAGUUUGGGCAUUUGAUAUAGAAACAGAGUGCUGGUCACUUAUGGAAGCGAAAGGAGAUGUUCCGGUUGCACGCAGUGGCCACUCUGUAGUACGGGCAGGCCCGAAUAUAAUUCUAUUUGGUGGUGAAGAUAUAAAGCGAAAGAAAUUAAAUGAUUUACAUAUUUUUGAUCUUAAGUCACUCACAUGGCUUCCUCUGAACUGCACGGGAACUGUACCUCCUUCAAGAUGUAACCAUGUUGCAACUCUAUAUGAUGAUAAAUUGCUUCUAGUGUUUGGAGGAACUUCAAAGUCCAAAUCUUUGAAUGAUUUGUACUCCUUUGACUUUGAGACGAUGAUCUGGUCAAGAAUUAAGAUACGUGGUUUCCAUCCAUCACCUCGAGCUGGUUGUUGUGGAGUCUUGCGCGGUACGAAAUGGUAUAUUGCGGGAGGUGGCAGCAGGAAAAAACGGCAUGCGGAGAUAUUGGCAUUUGAUAUCUUAAAACUAGAGUGGUCUAUUGUUCACACAUCAUCCCAACAGUCUAUUACCACCAACAAGGAUCUUAGCCUCGUCCUUUUACAAAAGAAGGACACAGAGUAUUUGGUUGCAUUUGGAGGUCUAAAGAAGGAACCAUCGGACCAGAUUGAGGUCCUGACACUGGAAAAAAACGAGUUAUCCAUGAGUCGUAGAAUGACAAUCUUAUCUGAAAAACGCAGUUCAUCUACAGGGCCAGCAGUUGGUCCAGUGAGCAGUCUUGGUAGACAAAAUCUAGCGUCUGCAAUUGAACACCAUGGUUCUGGCAGGAAGUCAUUGUCUGAAUCAUUGCUAGUGGAUUCAAAUCCUGGUAAUGUUUCACUCCGAAAAGAACACAUUGAUGGCGAUAUGACAUAUAAACUUGCAAGAAGUAUUGAAGAUGAACGCCCCUCAUUGCCAUUGGAGCAGACAAGAAAACAAUCAGCUGAUGAGAUUUUCUCCAUGGUUGAACGUGAAACCACUGAAAAGGAUGAGAGAGAAAGAAAUGAUGAUACCGUUGCCUUCCAAGAAACCGAUGGAAAAUCAGGGUUUUUCCCAGGUUCUUCAAGUAUAUAUCAAUUAUAUGAAAUAAAAACUACUGCUUUAAUGAAAAAGAAUGGAAUUCUCGAGGCACAGUUGGCAGCUGCGGUGGCUGGGCGUGAAGCUGCUGAAAAGAAUCUUUCCUCUGUUAUAAAAAGUCGACAAGAAGUUGAGAAGAGAUUAGCCGACACUUUAAAGGAUAUGGAACUUAUGAAAGAGAAGUUGGUUUUGGUAGAAAUGGCACAAGAGGAGGCAAAUAGUUUGUCAAAUAUUGUUCAUUCUGAUCACGUGAGGCUCGAGCAUGAUGUAGCUUUCUUAAAGGCGGUUUUGGAUGAUACACAGAAGGAAUUGCAUUCUACCAGAGGAGUACUAUCGGCAGAAAGAGCAAGAGCAUUUCAGUUACAGGUUGAAGUUUUCCAUCUGAAGCAAAGACUACAAUCAAUGGAUAAUCGAACACCAACGCCUAGAAAACCAUAUCAUGGAUGAUUUAUUCAAAACACAUGGAUGGAGUUGUAAGAUGAUAUCCAUUAAUGUAAAUUUCCACUUAUUUUUGUUUUGAACUUCAAUUGAAGGAAUCAGUUUGGUAGAAUCUAAUAUUUUCUGUGUAUAUUUUGUGAUACAAACAUGACGCCACUACUUUUUCAAUGAGAAAGCCUAAGCUUAGUUUGAAAACAAA